CCAAAUGGCAUCUGCCCCAUCCCCACUAUUGUCUACACUUUCUCUUUCUUUCAGGGGCCCAAAAAAGAGGAAAGAAAAAUGGAGUCUCUCUUUUGCCCUUCUCUGAUUCUAUUAUUUUCUCUUUGGGUUGCUCUCAUGUCACCCGCACAUUCACUCAACUGUUCAACGCUGAAACUCCCCGGAGGCAAGAAACAAUACUCCAACUGCACCGAGCUCCCAACCCUAAACUCAACCCUCCAUUUCACCUACGAUGCAACCAACUCCUCUCUUUCCAUCGCCUUCUCGGCAUCUCCAGCCAACCCCAACGGUUGGAUCGCUUGGGCCAUCAAUCCGACGGCCACGGGCAUGGCAGGUUCCCAAGCCCUCAUUGCCUUCAAAAACAACGGCUCCAUGGUUGUUAAAACCUACAACAUUAGCUCCUACAGCUCCAUUGUCGAAGGGAAGCUAUCUUUUGACGUUUGGGACCUGGAAGCCGGGGCUGGCAACGACGGGAAGAUGGUUAUCUACAGUUCGUUGAAAGUUCCGGCCAAUGCCGAGAAGUUGAACCAGGUUUGGCAGGUGGGGCCAGGGGUUAGUGAUGGUCGGCCGAUGAAGCAUGAGUUUGCUAAAGCCAAUCUGGCUUCUUUGGGAGAGUUGAAGUUGGUGGAGAAAGUGAGUUCCGGUUCUUCAUCCCCAACGCCAUCUCCAUCUCCAUCUCCAUCUCGACAAGUUGCUAACAAUGAUUCGGGAGAUGGGUCGAGGGUUAGGGAAAUGAGUGCCGGAUUGUGGAUCUUGGGUUUGGUUUCCUUGCUGGUUUUGAUGUGAUUCUGAGGAGUAUAGUAAUAAAAGAGGAUGUUGAAUGAUUUCAGCGGCAACUAUUUAUUGCUUUUGUCUUCUUUUUGUUGUUACUAGUAUUAUGACAUUUCUACUGUAAUAAUUUUUUCUUGAGAUGAAUUAGAAUUCCCUAGCUAUCAUGAGAAAA